AUGGCUCAGCCACAGCAGUGGCAGCAGCAGCAGCAGCAGCAGCAGCAUCCGCAGCCAGAGCUACAUCAGCAGUUGCAGUUGAUGCAGCAACAAGAGCAGAUGCAGCAGUAUCAGAAAGCCCCACUCAUACAGUCCCUCCCCCUCAUAACACCUUUUCAGUCCACCCAAAUCCCGCCUCGCAGUCUGUCUCUUCCUCCCAUACCGCCUGCUGCAAUCACCUCCACCGCUGUAGCCGCUGCUGCAGCUGCUACCCACAUUGCUGCCGGCGUUGCUGCCGGCUCUUCUGCUGCUGCCGGCACUGCUGCCUACAAUGCUGUUGGCCUUGCAGUCCUCACUCCCCUCGUCUCUCCAACCACCAUCUUCCACAGUCCUGCCAGAUUGCCUCGAUCCAAUCACCCAGAGCAGGGUGAGUUUAAAGCCACGGAUGAUGCCGCCUCUGGGAGAGCAACAAUCGACAGCACUGUGAAUGGUGGUGCUGGCAGCAGCAGUGGAGAUGUCUUGAUGCAGGAAGUCACAGCAGCAGGCUCUGGGGCUGUAUACAUUGGCGGUGGUGCGGAUCACUCUAUAGUGGAGCACUCUAAUCAUAACACCACAGCAGGUUUGGACCUUUCUCUGCCUGACCGCGCAGCAGGUUGGUUGUUUCUAGAGGCUCAAGACACACACCCCACUGCAGAUGCUGCGGGGAACCUCGUCACCCCGUUCUCCUGCCUCCCUCAACGCACAGCAGCUGCUGCUGGUGGGGACCUCGCCACCACCCCGUUCUCUCGCAUCGACAGGACAGCAUGUUUCAGUUGCGAGAAUUAUGGCUGCUCCGUCCCCUUUAUGGAGCUUUUGAGAGGGGCAGGAGAGGGAUUGGAGGCUGGGAGAGAGGCUGUGGAUGCGGCAGGGUCGGCAUAUGCAGCAGAUGAGCAGCAUUUGGGGGACACUGCGGCUGGAGGUGGAAUCUACACCGUGGAUCCACUGGAGAUGUUCUUCCUGAAUGAUGGGGAGCCUAGGGACUAA